AAACUGAGUUUUUCACCUCCAUCGUGAAAGAUCUUGAGAGCUCUUCAUUCGGAAACACAGUCUUUCGUCAGCUCAUGAAUGUCGUAGCUCUGAGUGUUUGUUGGGCAAUAUAAUUCUUUGUUUACCAUGCUAAUUGUUUGACAUUGGUCCCCGUCCCUUCCCGUGGCUUUGAAUGAUGAAACGAAGUACAAAUAUGGCGGUCGCUGAUGUUAAUAAUGACCUAAAUUCAGUAAAUAUGGCAGAACUGUCAGUUUCAUCGCAGCAGUCGGCAUCGAGAACAACAGAUUCUCAUGCCUUCAACAAGGAGCAGUUCGCCACGGGUUGUGGAUGACAAGAAAAGAACUCGUGCUCAAACUGAGCAGUCAGACAAUGUUCAAAAGGCAAAACAGAGGAAAAUGGACACCACACAAUCCACAAGAUGCAGGACCUCAUUAGCAACUAAAAGAACAAGGUCUACUGCUUCAGACACAGAUCCCAAACAUGACAAAGAAAAGAAAAAGCCUGAGGAUGCUUCCUCUGAAGAACUUGUAGUGAAGAGAAGUCGAGGUCGUCCCAGGAGACAAGAGUCUCCUGCCAUCACUGCAAAGAUCCAAGAUGAAGAGCCAGAAGGAGAUAAUGCUGCAGGAAAUAAGAGGGCAGAGAAGCACAAAAACCUGAUUGAGGUGGAGAAGAGGACCGAAAAGCACAAAAACCUGAUUGAGGUGGAGAAGAGGACCGAGAAGCACAAAGACCUGAGUGAGAUGGAGAAGAUUGUGAAGGAGGACAGCAGGCAUGAUGCUGAUCGAGACUUGAAGAAGAGUCCAGGAAAAGAGAUGACAGAGGAGUCUGGUCAAGAUGGGACACAGAAAAGUACAAAUUUCCAUGCCACAGUAACCAAGUCUCCUGUUGCAAGGAAGAGAGGCAGAAAGCUAGCAAUGGCUAAACUGACCGCACCAGCUGAGGCUCACUCAACUCAGACGAUGUCACAUUCGGAGGAUCCUGCAUCAGAGAAGUCAUCCAAGAGGCAGAAGAGUGACAAGCAUGAUGAAUCUAAACUAAGCAAGAUCUCCACGGCGAUUCAGCGUGAUGUCAGGACAUCUGGGGAGGGGAGUACUGCAGGUCUGUUGUCACCAAGAAGAAGUGGACGGGGAAUGGUGCCCAACUCUCGCUUCAAGGACAUGCAUCUCUUCUCAACUGGAAGGAAGCAUCAGACUUCAUCUAGUAUAAAGGUUGACACAAAUAAACAGAAAAAUCAAGGUAGCAGCACUAAAACUGCUGAGCAUGACAUCCCAGCAAGGAAGAAGUGCAAGUCAGAGGACAGCAAGCUGAAUAUGGACAUUGAGCAAGUUACGUCUGAACCAAAGUCAAAGGAAAAGCCAAAGUUGACACCAUUUUCCAGUGGAGCUUCUUUGGCCAUGGCCCAAGCCAAGGUUCAACAGCAGACAGAGGCCAAAACAAAGGCAGCAGAUAAGUUCAGCAUCAAAGAAAUCCCUGAAGGGCUAGAGGUGACUGGUAGAGAUGGCAUCCCUGUGGUAGUAUCAGCUGAGAACAUAGUGCGAGUGCCUUUUCCAGACACAUCAACAAAGAUAGACACCAUAGCUUCUGCAAGCACUGUUGUGGUUGUGCCAAAGAUAAACUCACAAGAGACCAGUUCAGAGUUAGAGGUUUUAGACAAUGUGCAAUCCAAGUCAGUCAUAAAGACCCCCACAUCAGGAUCAACUGUGUUAGAGGCUUCAGACAAUAUACAGGCCAAGUCAGUCACACAGACCCCCACAUCAGGAUCAACUGUGUUAGAGGCUUCAGACAGUGUGCAAACUAAGUCAGUCAAACAGACCACCAAAUCAGGAUCAACUGUGUUAGUUGCCUUGGACAAUGCGCAAGACAGUUCAGAGACACCCUCAAAUAUUGUAGUGGCAACUACACAUGACUCUGUAGAUAGUAGAGUUCACCAGGCCAAUCAUUCAGUGAGUGAGAGUGGUGAAUUGUCUCCCCUGACUGUUUCUGAUGUGUGUGUGAUGGAGGAGGUGAUUGAGGCAGAUGUGAUCUCUACAAACACUAAGCCUCCCCCUCUGUCACACAACCACAGCAGAGGAGAUCGUACUGACACGACGGCUCCAGUCACGUCGCUGGAGCAGGGUCAGACAAAUGUAGGGGGACCUUGUCUCGGGGUUGACAUUGUUGCCACUACACCUGGCCAGUCAACAGAGUCAGACAUCACCACAAGACGGGUGUUAGACACCACCACAACACAGGAUUCCGACAGCACAGCUGAUGCUGUACAGCCAGAUGUGGACCAGCACCUGGGAAACAGUGAUGACAAGAUGUCAGCCAGUGAACUGACCGCCAGCAACAAGUCCGAGAGGGCCGACAAGAACAAGACACUUCCUAACCAGUUCCUCAAGGAUGGUUCCUCCUUGACACCGGCCAAACCCGGGUAUAUCAUCUCGCCGGCAAGGAGGAACUCCUCUGUGGUGAAGAUUGUCACCCUGUCCUCCAUGUUGGAGGGUAACAGCAGCAGGGCUGUGGAGAAGGAUGAGAAGGAGCCAGGGACAUGCGAGAAACUGACCGAUUCAGAAACAUUGGAGUGCUUGACAAGUGAAUCAUCUUCUGUCCAGGACACAGAAGCACGACCAACUGGAGUGGACAUGAUCCUGGAAGGCAGUAAGACUGUUGAUGCAGCUGAUACGGCCUCCAGUUCAGAGUCUGACGACACACCAGACUCGCAGGCUGAUGAUUCCAAGUUCUCCUCGGCUUCAACCCAAACACCAAUAGACAGACAGGCAAAGAUCAUAACACCAACUAUUUACAAGCCAUUGCCGGCACCCACCUUGAGGACUAUUUCUGUCAACCUGGGCAAGCAUGAGCUACAGGAAGGCGAGGUGGGGUACGAGAGCCCAGGGCCAGGGGGCAAAGCCAAGAGUGAGGAGUAUAUCCUGGUGGAACUGCCAGAGGGAGCUACUAUACAACAGAGAUAUGUCAAAAGUCGCACCAGGAUUGAUGACUCCAUGUUCCUGUCAAGCGAGUCAAUGUCCCAGGGAGUGUAUCACUGCACGCUGUGUAAUUACAAGACAAGCAAGAAACCAAACUGGUACAAACACAAGAAAAAACACCUCGGUCUGAGAGAGUACGCCUGUACCCAGUGUGAGUACCGGGCAGCGACUAGUAGCAACUUGAAGAGACACAUGGCCAUACAUGAAGACCUGAGGGCUUUCUCCUGCCUCAAGUGUAGCCUCACCUUCAGACAGAAGAUACACCUGGAGAGACAUAUCAAGUAUAAGCACGAGGAGAAGCAGAUCAAGUGUCCCUUCUGUGACUACAUGUGUGCCAAUGAAAACCCAGACCUGAAAGUCCACAUCAAACGGAAACACCUGCCAGGGGACUCGCCAGAUGGCACAAUAAAUGCCUUCGCCUGUGAGGAGUGCAACUUGAUGACUGUCAGCAAACGAGAUCUCAAACAGCACAUGAAGUUCCACCGGAAGGGCCCCGAGUUGAAACUGUUUUGUGAACAUUGUAGUUUUGUUACCGACUGUGAAAGUCGGUUACGUAGACAUGUACUUAUUCAUACGAAGGAGAAGCCCUAUCAGUGUGGGCUUUGUCUGUAUCGGGGGUCACAAAAGGAACACGUUCUACGCCACAUGCGCUCACAGCAUAACAUUGACGUGUUACGAAGACGUCGUAAGCCUCUUCCAAAUGAAAUCACUCCUGUUGAGGGUAGUCAGGUUGCUAUGAAAGAUAUAUCCAAGCUUAUAGAUCGAACUGAUUACAGUACUAAGGAUAAAAUAUUCGCAUGUAAUCACUGCACUAUGAAAUUUUCAAAAUUGAUCAACUUGUAUAAGCAUUUGCACACUCAACACAGAAACAUUAUGCCAUCUGAGCGUGAAGAUGACUUUUCUUGUGUGGUGUGUGACUUCCAUACAAAUACGAAGAAGAACUUGCUGGUUCACAUGCGUAAACAUAAUAUGACUGACCACACCCCUCCAUCCCACCUGUACUCUUGUGUACUGUGUCGCUACACCAACCCUAAACGCCGGAACCUCUUCCAGCACAUGCGUAAGAAGCACCAUAUCGAGAUCGUCAUGAAGGAUGAUGGCUCAACAAGCUGUUUUGUCACAGACACAUCCAAUAUCAGAGAAGAUGUGGAUCAGAAUGUUCUUACUGUCGGUGAUGUUGUAACAGCAACAACUGCAGAUACAGACUCGCAGGAUGAUCCAACUGGUGUCCAAGGUGUUAUAUCCCUGGAGGAUUUGGCAACUAUAGUGACCCCUGAACCUAACCAAGAUGGCAACCUGAUCAUUGAUGCUGGUCAGCUUCACAACAUCUCCCUCAACUCCCUUGUCCAGCAGCAUGAAGCUGCAGAGGCCAUUGAGGGACUCCAGGCCCUAGCAGGGCAAAUCAACCUGGCAGAUAGUGUCAUCGAGGAGGUCCAGGUCAUGGAUGACCCUGGGCUUGACCCUAUCACCAUGGAGACAACAGUGGAGACUAGUAAGGAUGCUGAGGAGAAGUCAAGCAUCCAGCUGUCAGCAGAGCAGCUGCUGCAUCUGAGUAGUGGGGACUUUGUGGAGAUAAAUGGUGAGAUGUACAAGGUGGAGAUUACGGCAGAGGACAGUGCUACAGCUACACCGACCUCCCUCAGGGCUAUGGCGGCAGAGGCAGACAGCUCACAUUGUCAAGAAACAUCAUAGGAGGAACACGUCUAAAUUCUAAUUACUAUUUAUUUCACAGUAUUGAUUAAAAACUGUUUUGGGAUGUCUUGGACUAGGGUACAAGUUCUAUCUCUCGUGCCAAAACAGCACCACAAGGAUGUGGACAAGUAAAUUAGAAUGUAUUCUGUCCAAAUACCAGUGUAGAUAUUUCAACUGAAUCAAGAGAAGCUUUAAUCUACUUGUACCUGGUAUUUCCACACAUAAGAAUGGGCAAACUGUCCUGGAAGUUUGCUAAGCCUACAUCAUGUUUAGUCAAAAUUGAGUGGAUAGCGUUCUAUGAGUGUGGGGGCUAGGUCUUGUCAUUGUCCUAGGAUGUGAUAGCCUUGAUUAAAACAGCACAAAUUUAUCUUGCUGGUCAAUGUGAAGUUGUCAGCUUUUUUGUAUACUGAAUACAUGUAAAUACCUUAUUGUACAGGUGUUUUGGUGUUGUUCUCUCCUUGAAAUUGCAUGUUCUAUGAACCAAUUACAGAUUAACCACACUUUUGUAAAUAUGCUGUUAUUGUCCGCAGUACAAACAUGUACAGCUUGAAAAUGAAUGAAGAGAUAUUAAAACCAAUCAUUUCCAGAACAGAAA